AUGAACGACCGGGUGCCAGGGGGCCGCUUUGCUUCCCGCUCCGCGAACUCGUCGGCACGCUCGUCGGCCGCAUUCGAGCGUGAUUACGACCAGCACCUUCAGCCGCACAGCCAGCCGUAUUCCAAUCGCUACAACCCCAGCCUGCGCUCCGUGGGAUCGCGCUUCUCUUUAUCAGACCAGUUCGCAGCGACCAGGAGGGAGUAUGAGUUUGGCUUUGACGACGGCGCAUCUCUCAUCACAACCGAUACUGAGGCAGAAGCAGAACAAGAUGACACGCUGACGGGCGCUGGGAGCUUCGACCGCGUCGUCGUCAUCGAUGCUCCUGGGUCACACCGCGAAUCCGGAAGUGAAUUACGGCAACUACGUCGGAUCCGACAAAGAUUGGCUGGCAACACCACCCCGGGCUCGGUGGACAUGGUCAAAAGCCAGCUCUACUGCACCCCACCUACCCUCACUCUCACCUCUUCUAUUUUUGCCACCUCGGAGAUGAACUCGUAUCUUAUUCCUCACAGCACCCAGGGCCGCCAACCCAAUGUCGGUCCCGACGCAUUACCAAAGGACCAACCGCUGGCGCUCAAUAUCAAGCUGCGACAGGAGCUCUUCAUCCGGGCAGCCGGGCUCUCGGAGGCCGAGCUGAGGAGGACACUCCCAGAUGCUGUGUUGGAGAUCGAGACCGAAAAUGCCAUCAAACUCACUGUGAGAGCCUCGCACAUGUUGCGCCUCGGUGGCGACAAAUGGAGGUGCCACCAGCUCGACGAGCCAUUACACACCGAAGCCAGCAUCUCAGUCACCCGCCUGUGGCCAGGGGCCAGCCACAAGCCUCGGCUCGGUCUCGGCUUGCACAGGCAUGUCGGAGGCCGCAACGGUGGCACGGUGUUUGCCUGUGCAGACAGCGGGACGGCACCCUUCUGGGAAAGCCUGGACUCUUCUUUCUGGAACCGAUCAGUGAGGAAUAGGCUCGACCGCGAUUCCACCGGAGCUACCUGGCGCAGAUACAUGGACUAUCUUUCGCAGUUGCCGAGCUACUACAGCCCUCCCACGCUUGAAGUUGGGUACAAGUUCGGUAGUGUCCCUGAGGAAACUCUGGGCUUGCGCUCCGGUCGAGCCUUCACGAAGCCCCCAGGCAGUGGCAUGCAACGGCUGCGCGACAAUGUCUGUUUGAGUGGUCCAAACAACAGGGGAUCAUGGACGGUCUCGGGUGCUUUGACCGCCGGCGGCGUGGCUGGGUACGUCAGGUUCGGGAGGAGCUUUCUAUCAACGCGUAACGAGCUAGAACAGAGCUUGAUUCCGAGUCGUUUGAGGGGCUUGCGUUUUGAGGCCGAACUCUCAACCUACAAAUCUACCCCCAGCAGUCUGCUUAGCAGGGUACGAUCUCUGGGUCGGUCAGAAAUCAGCCAGCUUGCCGUGCGUGGCCUGAAGAAGAUCGGGAAGUCGAGGAGCCUAGGCCUUGAGAUGUCUGUGAACAACGCCACCAGCAGCGUGGUUUUGUCACUGUACUUUUCAAGCAGGAACAAAAGCUUCGCUGUUCCUAUAGUACUCUUCCGAGACCAGCCUUCCCCCUACAGAUUCCUCACAAAGAUCCUGAUGGUUGCCGGCUACAUUCCGGCCCUAGCUCUCACGCUCUUCGACCUCUUCCCCCUUCUGAUACCCCAAGCAGGCGUUACUUCUGAACAGGAUGAAGCAAGUCCCUCACAUGAGAUCCAGAAGUACAUUGCCUUGCGCCGGGCCGAGGCGGAUGACCUCGUUGCUGUCCUCGCGGAGCCCGUGUCACAACUCCAACGUGUCCAGCGCGAGCGCAGAGGUCUCGUGAUUCUGAGCGCGAAAUACGGCGUCCUCGAUGAGCGCCUGUCCGGUACGCCAACUGCCGGGCCCCUGGCCGCCGGCGGCCCUGCUGCUGCUGCCCUCCACCUUGGGCCCAGCUGGGCGUCCCCGGAGGAGGUCGCAGACGUCACCGUUGCGCUCGCGGCGCUGGUGAGCGACGACGGGAGCCUGCAUAUCCCCGAGGGGCUGAGGAAAAGCAGGCUGCUCGGCUUCUGGGACCCUAAGCCCCGGCGGACCAAGUGCCUGUUUGUGAGGUACAUGAUCCGCGGCCAGGAAAAGGUGAAAGAGGUCAAUGGGAGGGACGAGCUGAGGUUGCCAUAG